GUUCUUCUCUACACUUAACAACUUCUCCCCAUUCAUUCCCUCCUCUGCCUCUCUCUCAGAUUUGACCAUCAUCUGCUUCAUCCCCUCUUCCCCCCCCUCCUCCAAUUUUCCGCUUCUACUUCCUGCUUCCACACGGCCUUCCGUGUCGCAGGGUGGAUUUCCUGUAGAAAUCGCCCAUGACGGAGCCUGACCACGAGGCGCAGCCUCUAAUACAGGAUGGGCGGAUUGAGGCAGGCUUGGAGUCCUCGAGUCUUCCAACGGCUCAAGACCGACCUGAGCUGCUGGAAGCACCUCGAAGCAGUUGGUAUCUCUUUGUCCUGACUUUGGGCAUGUCAGGUCUGCAGAUUGUCUGGUCAGUUCAACACUCCAGUGGAUCGCCCUAUCUUCUUUCUCUGGGAAUGAGCAAGGCCAUGCUCGCUUUUGUCUGGAUUGCAGGGCCUUUGACCGGUACCAUUGUGCAGCCAUACAUCGGCGCACGAAGCGAUAAUUGUCGCAUUGCCUGGGGCAAACGGAAACCGUUCAUGGCCCUGGGUGGAGUAGUCCUUGUCUGCUGUCUGCUGACUCUGGCCUGGGUACGGGAAAUUGUUGGUGGUACGCUCAGUCUGUUCGGCGUCGAUGCGCAAUCAGAUGGAGUGCGAACGACAGUUCUUGUUGUUGCAACACUGCUGAUGUACUGUCAAGACUUUGCCAUCAACACCAUUCAGGCUGCAACCCGAGCUUUCAUUGUAGACAACGCGCCUGCUCAUCAACAGGAGUCCGCCAAUGCCUGGGCGAGUCGUCACAACGGCGCUGGGAACAUCUUCGGCUAUGUUCUAGGCGGCAUGGAUCUCCCCAAAACGUUUCCAGCCCUAGGGAAUACCCAAUUCAAAGGCCUCUCGGUCAUCGCCAGCGUCUUCCUGGCAGUCACCCUGUCUCUUAGCUGUGCCUAUAUACAGGAAAAGGACCCGCGCUUCGAGCCCUUGACAUCGACCAGGCCGGGCCUUCCGUCCUUGUUCCGCUCCAUCAUAGACUCGGUCCACGGCCUCUCAAGUCGAAUCCGACGGAUCUACCUGAUCCAAGUCCCGGCGUGGUUCGCAUGGUUCUCCUUCCUCUUCUACGCAACCACCUACAUCGGCCAACUUUACGUCAACCCGAUCCUCGACCAACACCCCGACCUCCCCGAAGAAGAUGUGAAUAAGAUCUGGGAAGACGCAACCCGCAUCGGGACGCUUGCGCUCCUCGUCAACGCCAUCGUCUCUUUCGCAGCCAGCAUCAUCCUGCCUCAUCUCGUCGUCCCCUCGGGGCAGACAUCUCUCUCACCCCACCAUCAGCAGCCACCCUAUCCUCCUAGCUCUCACAGCAGGAGCUGGAGCCGUCCGCAUUCGCGGUUCCUCCACAUCCCCACCAUCCGCGGCCUUACCCUCCGCCGCACCUGGCUUCUGUCCCACUUUCUCUUCGCCCUUUGCAUGUUCAGCACCUUCCUCAUCUCCACCCCGGCCCAAGCAUCCAUCAUGACCGGCAUCAUCGGGAUCUCCUGGGCCAUCACCUCCUGGGCCCCCUGGGCCCUCCUGGCCAUGGAGAUUGCUCGCCAUCCGGCAGCGGGCAGGACCUAUCCAGAGGCAACGGCCGCGACGGCCCAGCGACCAGCUUCACCCAUAAAGAGGCCCUCUCCCAAUCAAGCAGGCAUUAUCCUCGGCCUCCACAACGUCGCAAUCUCCUUCCCGCAGAUCCUCUCCAGCGCCGUCAGCAGCCUGAUUUUCCGCGCGUUGCAGAAACCCCGCGCCGAGCCGUGGGAUACCUCCACCGGAUGGGUCAUGAGACUCGGGGGGUGUGCUGCCGUUCUAGCCGGCUUACUGACCGUUGGACUCCCGGAGAGCAAGGAAAAUUUAUCAUGA